AUGAGCGCGCCAGGUAACGUCGCCAUCAUCCCUGAACGACCCGCCGAAAACGGCUACUGGAAGAAUGACUGGCAAGAUGUAGCAGAAAAGCUCAUGUCCAUGAUCCUCUCCUUACGUCAGGAGACCGAAGGUGGCUGGGAAGAUCGUGGCACCGCCAACGGCUGCGAGAUCGCCAUCUAUCCACGCAAGCCCGAUGAGCCCUUUUCAGUCAUGCCCAUGUUCCGCGGCAAAACGCAUGCUGCGGGCCUCACCCCACUCGAAGUGUUUACCGGUAUCCGUAUGACUGGCUUCCGCAUGAUGUGGGAUAUCCGAGUCCAGUCGGCACACAUCAUGCGCUCUUUCAGCAUGCACGAAUUCCUCUUCUAUCUCGUCUGGCGUGGAAUCGGCCCCAUCUACAAACCAAGAGACAUUUGCGGUCUUCAAGCACUACGAUGUUGGGACGCAGCAGGCAACCUACAAAAGAUCCCCGACUUCACAACCACCAACAUGGUCCUCGGCUACCAGAGUAUUGAUGAGGUCCCGGGCAUUCCUGCACAAGUCGAAGGUUGUGUUCGAGCUAAGGUCUUUAAAGCGGCAUUCUAUCUGGAAAGCAGAGACGAAGGAUGCGAUAUCACCUAUAUUGGCCACGUCGACCUCGCAGCGGCUAUUCCCAACUACAUUCUCUCUACACUGCAUAGCGAGCUACCAAAGAGUAUCGUCCGACUACGAGAUAUGCUUCUCAUCUUUGGCGUGCCACCUGUCCUCAUUGAUAGACAAGGUCGCAUUGCACUUCAGUACCUCUCAUGCAACCCCGAGACGCGACAAGUUUCGAUUCAUGCCACUAUCAUGCAGCCGGGCACAAUACAUCUCUACCUCGACUAUAACAAGAUGUUCACACAAGGCGUGGUCAUCAAUAAUGUGCUAGGUUCCGCAGCAGCGGCGGUGUCCGUCAGGGAACACUUCACGGCAGAAGAUGGGUUAGAGAGGAGGAUGCUAGCCUUAGACUUGAUGCCGCAGGGUGUCGGAGGAGAAUUCAGAUUGAUCAUUGAUGCGGCGGAUAAAGAAGGGCCAGAGUCUGGGACGGGUCCAGGAUGGUGGUAA